UAUUUUUUGCUGCACUCGUCGAUGUUUAUAAAAUCUUAACCUCGAAAGAAAUCUGUGUUUAUAUUCCGAUGCGGUAAUUUCUGUAUAUAUAACACUUCACGUCAGUGCACCUAUACGCAAUGUUUGAAUUGUAUUUAUGACAAUAUAGCUUCGCUGCAGUAUUAUGACAUACAUUGAUAAUUGAGAUUUUUUUUAUAUCUGCAGGUGCUUUUUUAGGAAACAAUACCAAUGCAGCAGUUCCAAGUGGGGUGAUAAUUAUCCUGAAUAUUGAUCUACAGCAUAUAGACUUAUUACAAGUUGAAACAUGGAUAUUUUGCAAAAGGAAUCAUUGAUAAGUCAUUCAGAAGCAGACGCUUUGUUAGAAGAGACCAGGUUUGAAUUGGACAGUGACUGGGAUGAUUAUAAUCAAUUGAACAGAGCUCUACGGUGUGGCCAAAAAGAGUUGGUAAAACGACUAUUACACAAUGGUGCUCGAGUCAACAAAGAACCAGCAGUUUUCAACAUGUGCACACCUCUGCACUUAGCAGUCAAUUUGGGCGAUGCAGACAUUGUUAAACUGCUUUUGCACAAAGGGGCAGCCAUCAAUAUUAAAAAUAAUAAUCGCGAGACUCCGCUCAUCAUGUCAGCCAAGAUGAGAAAAGAUGUCAUAACUGAUAUUCUCCUAUCAGUUGACGGUCAACAAAACUGUUCAAACAGGGAAAACCUUUCGCACAUGCACAUUGCCUGCAUGAGGAACAGGGUGGACGUAGUGAAAAAGUUUAUACAGCAGGGAGCAAGAAUCAAUCACUGCGUCAGUGGCCAUUCGAUACUAUGGUCAGGUUACACUCCCUUGCACUUUGCAGUACAAUUCCAGUGCCUCGAAACCGUGGAAUUUCUGAUAAACAGUGGAGCUGACAUUACUUCAGCAGACACUAACAAAUUAACGCCGCUUCAUUUUGCCGACAUACUGCGCGACGAGCGCAUCUUGGAUCUCAUUCUAUCAGUUCACAAAUACGAAAUCACCAAUCCUGUCAACACUGAGGGAUUGUCACACUUUCACAUUGCAUGCACUAGAAACAAUCCGGAAGUCGUCGAGAGUUUCAUAAAGCAGGGAAUAGACAUCAACAUCAAAGUCCUUGAAAGCUCUCUAAAUUGGACGGGUUACAGACCCAUAAAUUUCGCCAUUGAUUACGAGUGCACAGAAGUAGUGCAACUUCUCCUGAUGCACAAUGCUAAUAUAAACCUUUGCGAUAUCGUACGCAAUCCCAUUCAGUACGCUUACAAGACCGCGAAUAAGAAGAUAAUCGACUCGAUACUGUCGAAGAGCGCCAUCAAGAAGGAAAACGCGAAGAGGAUAAAGAAGAACUUAUCGGAUCUGCACACCGUCUGCAUACAGAGAAACUUGAACGAGAUGGAAAUGGAGAUAGAACAAGGAAACCUGAGCAGAGGUCCUGUGAAUUUAAAUCUACCCAUCUGGGCUGGCUGUACUCCGCUACACCUCGCCAUCAAGCGCAGGUGUGCUUCAACGGCGGAGCUGCUCCUAAAACACGGAGCCGACAUCACGGUGAAGGACUCGAGGGGUAAGACACCUCUUCACCUCGCUUUCGAGACCAAGCAGAUGAACAUCGUUGACCUUAUCCUGACGGCUCACCUGGGCGUCAGCGCCAAUCCGACGGACAACAACGGCCUGUCACACUUCCACAUCUCCUGCAUGCGCAACAAGCUCAGGGUGAUCAAGAACUUCUUACUGAGUGGCCAGGUGGACGUCAACAGCAGCGUUAACCAGGACUCGGUCUUCUGGCCGAGUUACACCGGACUGCACUUCGCCGCCGAGUUCGAGCUCAAACGGGUCGUCGAAUUGCUGAUGAACAAGGGCGCCGACGUCACCGCUAAAAACGGUAUAGGUCUCACACCUCUGGACAUCGCCAUCAAGUGCACCGAUUCCAGCAAGUGCUGGCGCGACGAGGUGGAGCAAUCCUUCGGCAUCAUCGACUCGAUCCUGGGACACGCGGCUCGAGCUAAGGUAGCCAAUUUGGACGACCGGGGCUUCUCCCGACUACACGUUGCCAGCAUCAACAACGACACCCUCGCUGUCGAGCAGUUCCUCUACACGCAUCCGGAAAGCGUCAACCAGCGCGUCACCUGGGACAAGUCCGACUGGCUGGGAUACACCCCGCUGCACUUCGCCAUGCACUUCGGUAGCAUCGAGGUAGCUAAUCUUCUGCUGUCCAAGGGUGCCUGCAUUUCCCUGAAGAACGCCGAGGGUAAUACCCCGUUGCACACGGCUUUCGGGCUGAGAUAUCACUUGCGCGAGGUCGAGAAUCCGGCACUGCUCUACAUUCCCGAGAAUCCCAUCGGCGACGAAGGAUACUCCCAUUUCCACGUCGCCUGCCAGAUAGGCGACCUCGACGCUGUCAAGUACUUCCUGGAUCUGGGCGUCGACGUGAACAUGCCCACCAAGUUCACCGGCGUCUACGAGUAUACUGGCCAGACUGCGCUUCAUCUAUCCGUGAGCAACGACACCGUGAACGAGGAAGUGCUGUGGCUGCUUCUGAGCCGCGGCGCCGAUGUCAACUCCCGGGAUGCCGAGUACAACACACCGCUACACUGCACCAAGCAUAACGUCAGUACCCGACCGGCCGAGAUUCUGUUAGCCCACGGCGCCGAGAUCAACGCUCGGAACCUCUACGAGGAGACGCCGCUCUACUUGACCUGCUACGACAGCGAGUUCUCAGAUCCGCAGGUAACGCCCGCCAAGAUCCAAUGUCUUCUGGACAACGGCGCGGAUAUCGAUCUGGAGAACGACGAUGGCGAACGGCCGCUCACCGUCAUCGACUCCUGGCCCGAACACAUCCUCGAUAAACCCAGCUGCAUGGCUGUCAUCUUGCGCCACAUCAAGAAGCUUCAGCUCAUCGGCAGGAGGUUCUCGAUCAGAAACUCCCAGGACUACUACCGUCUGCUGUCCAAGUGUCAUGCCAACGGCAGCUACCGGGAGCUCGAUUUCGCCAAGCAGUGCCGGGAGGAAUUGCUCGAGAUGGCCGGAAUCAGCGUCGACAGCUACACUACUCUCAAGGACGUGCUAAACAAGCGGCUGAACGACAUGGCCCUGCACAGCAGGAACAACGACUUCAGAGGCAUCAUCGAGGCGCCGGACUUUGACAGGUGCUUCCCGAUCUACGGGUUCCUGAUAAAGCUGCAGUUCAAGAGAGGACUCGAGAGGCGGCCCUUACUGGAGGAAGCCAAGGCGUCUUUUAGCUUGGCAUAUCCACUCCCGGAUGCCUGCCUGGAGAGGAUCUUCGAGAGCCUCAGCAAUGAGGACUUGAGGAACGUGAUCGCAGGAUUGUAGGGAAAAACUAUGCCUUAGUACUGUUGUACUUUGUUUUAAGUUUGCGCACUUGUAAGUAGAUCGAUAGGUAUAUUUAUUUGUAAUAGUAUAUGUGGAUAAUUGAUAGUAUUUUUAUAUAAUGCAUAAGAUAUAGUUUACAUAUAAUGUUGUAAGAGUGAAAUAUAUAUGAAUUUUGGUGGAACCAAAGGUUGUAAAAAUAAUAUUGUAUAUAUAGAAAAGUGAUUGAGAAUAAACUUGAUCAACUAUUUUGAAAAGGUCAAAAAAAGUGAAUGGAGGAUGAUUUCUUGUAGCAACAAUAAUUUUAUUUCUCUUCUGGUUAACAAAAAUAAGAUAUUUAAACUUCUUCAAGAAUAACAUGUGGUUACAUUUUUACAAAUUAUUUAAAAAUAUCACUGCCUUACAGUAAAUAAAUUUCGUUCUUGCGCAGCUUAUAAAUUAAUGAACUUUUACAAUUAAUGAUUAAAAUAAUUGUAUCUUUGAACUUCUAA